UCAUCCAAGUUUGAGUUGCUUACUGUCAAAAUAUAGUUGCAAUUUAGUUCUCUGAGGUGCUUGUUGUAAAAUAGAGAAAACUUUACUAAAUUAUUAUUGCUUCGAAAAACAUGGCUGAGGAAAAUCCUGCGGAUGAAAAUGUAAACAAGGAGCAGGGCACGACAGCAUCGAACGGCCACUCAGCAGUGGAGGAUUCUCAAAACAACCCACACGAUACAAACAAGAGCAAGGAGGAUGGCACCAAAACAGUACCAUAUUACAAGCUUUUCUCCUUUGCUGAUUCCUUGGAUUACCUGUUAAUGUCUGUUGGUACAAUCAGCGCUAUUGGAAAUGGGGUCUGCAUGCCUCUAAUGACCAUAAUCUUUGGAGAUGUGGUUAAUUCUUUUGGAGGAACUGAGAAUAAUAAAGAAGUGGUUGAUGCAGUUACCAAGGUUGCUCUAAAGUAUGUCUACUUGGCUGUGGGAGCGGCUUCAGCUUCAUUUCUAC